UGUUGUGUUUCCGGGCUGCGCUUUCUCUAUUGGAACUCAUGCCGCAGGACUGCGUUCCGGAUUCAACCGCUUAAUUUUAGUCUGUUUUGCUACACCUGUAAGCUAGCUAGCCUGUUAGCGUGUGGUAGCUAAAUAGAAGGAUCCUAUGCUAGCUCCAUAACGGUGGCCCUAGGAUCACUGAUGGCAGCUCGGCAGCCCUUCACAGAUACGGACACUGCGGAUGAAGCGGUCAGGGCGACCUGUGACGAUGCAACCAUCUGUAAAAGGUUUGCUACCAGUAAAGGCUACUGGAAGGACUCCUGUCUGCAGUACUUUGUCAGGAAUGUAGGAGAGCGGAAGGCUCCUGAAAUCAACAGAGGUUACUACGCUCGGGUUAAAGGGGUCAACCUUCUCCUUGAUGCAUUUCUAAGGAAAACAGAAUGUCAAUGUCAAGUAAUCAACCUGGGUGCCGGCCUGGACACCACCUUUUGGAGACUAAAGGAGCAAAACUUGUUACCGAAGAAGUUCUUUGAAGUGGACUUUCCAACUGUGGUGGCCAGGAAGAUCCACUAUAUAAAGACAAAGCCGCCCCUGUCCAAACCCAUCAUUGAUAUGCACUCCGCUGACUCAUUACUACUAGAGCCCCAUGUCCUCGACUCGGAUCGUUACUGCAUCAUCGGGGCCGACCUCAGAGACAUCUCAAACUUGGACGACAAACUGAAGAAGUUCCAGCUCAACACAGAGUUACCUACGUUGUUCUUAGCAGAGUGUGUUCUGGUUUACAUGAAUCCAUCGCAGUCCUGCAACCUUGUUCACUGGGCAGCAGAAACAUUUCACACAGCCAUGUUUAUAAACUACGAACAGGUGAACAUGAGUGACCGAUUCGGUCAGGUGAUGGUGGAGAACCUGCAGAGGCGCCAAUGCUCAUUGGCUGGAGUCGAGGCCUGUCAGUCUCUGGAUUCUCAGAAAGAGCGUUUCCUGGCAGCAGGCUGGGAGCAGGCCAACGCUCUGGAUAUGAUGACGGUUUACAGUAUUCUCCCUCAGGAUGACGUGGCAAGAAUCGAGCAGUUGGAGUUCCUGGACGAGCGAGAGCUGCUGCAGCAGCUUCUCCAGCACUACUGCAUCUGCUGGGCCACUAAGGACAAACUCAACUUGGGCUUGUCCCAGCUGGCGUUCUGAGGGAGAAACUUCACGCUCGGGUUGGCCAAAGUCAACAGAAGGAGAUGAUCCGAGCGAGGAGGCAGCAGGGAAAAAGGAAGCCAUUUAUUCUCCCUCUGCUUCUCACCUGGGAUCUGUUGAGAUGCCAGAACUCCUGACAUAAGCAAAGUUCACAUUAAAAACUGUUUGAGCUGUAAACACCGUCUGAACUGUGAGGUCCAUCCGUUACCAGAACACUGGACUCAGAUGCAGCUAAAAAAAAUAAAAUAUUUAAUGUUAAAUAAUGUCUUCCUAGAUUCUGAUUAUCUGUUGUAUAUGAAAGGCUGAGAGAUGUGAAGAACCUCUAUUGUUUCCCAGGGUGUCGGCCUAUUAGGACAGCAGGUCAUAGAAAUAUUAAACAGUCUAUCUGUGAUUGAUUCACUCUGAUCAUAAAUGCACGAUUCUGUUUUUGGACUCGGAGGAUCUUUAGAGAUCAUCUAGCAUAAAAAAACCAUGAAGUACCAUGCAGAGAGUCUGCAAACUCAGACUGUCAUCUGAAUUUGAUUUGUUGUGUUUGUAAGGAUCCACCAUGUUGGUUUUCCUCCUCAUCUGUCUGUGGUUCAGUAGAUCAGAUGCAAAGAAAAGCAAU